ACGGACCCCCGGACAGCCCCUCCGGCACCCGCAGAUCGGGAGAGCCCCGAGUCCAGCGAGGGUGCUCCACAGGAAAGGAUGGUGACCAUGGCGAUGUGAUGAUGAUGAUGAUGAUGAUGAUCAUGAUGAUGAUCAUGACGACGAUGAUGUGAUGAUGAUAUGAUGAUUAUGUGAUGAUGAUGAUAUGAUGAUGAUAUGAUGAUGAUAUGAUGAUGAUGAUGAUGAGGAGGAGGAGGAGGAGGAGAUUCUCGCUUACUAAAAAUCCCAGUGACCUUGAGGAGGUCUGAGCCAGAGCCAGUGAGUGGCCCUGGAGCUGCCCCCGAUCCUGCCCAGGCUGCUGCGGGAAGCACAGGAAUUGUGGCUUGGCUGUGGCUCUGCAGUUCGGGUGCUGAAGGGGGAUAGACCCUCCAGGCCCUUCACUUUGCUGUUUUCCUUAGAAAGGAUUACAAUUCUUCUUUUCACAAGGAAGUCAAUAAAAAUUAAAUUAAAUUAAACAGAGGUAGCAAAACAGCCAGGGAAACAGAAACCCGUGGUAAGAGGAAAUGGAGAUUUUUGGAGGAAAUGGUGACUUUGUGCCCUGAAGCUGACACUCCCAGGUCCCAAGGGUUGUCAAGGGCUGGGCUGGGAGUUUUCCACCUGGGGAAGACCCUUUGUCCAAGCUGCUGUAGCUGUCCUGUGAGGUGAAUUCACUGAUCCAUUCCUGCUGCUGGUGCCCGUGAUGGGAAGGCAGGAGAGCUGAAGUGCCAAACAGUCCCUGCUCCAGGGAUUUCCCCUUCUCCUGCGGUGGCACUGCCAUUCCAAGCACACACCUGGCACCCUGCACUUGGCAGCGUGGCAGAGAUCCAGCUCCUUUCAUGUGCCCACACUGGGAGGGGGCAGAUCCCUGUCCUAUCUCUGCACUUUAACCCCAGCUGUAAAGUGCAGUAAUUCCCUAACUCCCAAAAAACACUGUGCUAACAUAAACUAAGAGGAACUCUUUGAUCUGCUGUAAACACCAGGCUACCAGGGCCCCCACCCCACUGUUUUUGUUGUUGCUAGGUUAUUAAUAGCUCUCUCCUGCACUGAAACCUUACUUAAGUGCUAUUAAUAUUUCACAGCCAUGCAGGUAAGGACCAAAGGUCAGAGUUUUCCUGAGGUGUCUCACAAGAUGAGGCAGCUCUUCCUUGCCCUGUGCCAGGGCUCAGCUGGGCUGCACUGGAGGGCGCAGUGCUGCAGCCUUUACCUGUCCCCCAAAAGCCCUCACCCUGCUCCUCUGCAGGCACACGUGCAGGGCUGGACCAGGAAGCGAUGCAGGGCGCAUGUGUGCAGCUCCCGAGCUCCUCCAUCCUCUGGAAUUCACACAGGAAACACGAUGAGAACGGAUCAAGGAAGAGCUUUUAUGACAAGUGGGCAGUUCUGCUCUGUCCUGUGUGGCUGGAGAGUGGGAGCCCUGAUGGCUCUGUGCCUCCUGCAGCAGGCUCGAGGUCAUGUUCAGCUUCUCCCUCCUCAGAAUGUGACCCUGCUGUCCAAGGAUUUUGCCAUGAUUCUGACCUGGGCUCCAGGGGAAGGCUCUCCCCCAGGUGUGACCUACACUGUGAGGUAUGAAAGCCAGGAUCGUCUGGACAAAUGGAUGAAGGUUCCUCACUGCAGAAACAUCCCCAGAUCCUUUUGCAACCUGACUUGUGCCCUCUCCAACCUCUAUGUCAAAGUCCGGGCUCGGGUGAAGGCGGUUUGGGGACGGUCCCAGUCGCCGUGGGUGAAAUCCCAGUUCAAGGAUUAUUACUCAGAUGUGGAACUGGCUCCCCCCGUGCUGACCCUGAACGUCAGGGACAACUCCAUCCAUGUCACUGCCUCCUUCCCUCUGCCCACCUGCGUGGAGAACCUCACCUGGAAGUACGACCUGAGCCUCUGGGAAGCAGGAUCUGAAGACAAGAAGAAAUAUGAGGGUUACUUCAGGAAGGACACAGUGACCAUCAACACCACUGCCCUCAGAGGCAAUUACUGCUUCAGUGCCAGGGCUCUCUUUGAAAGCAUUAACUUGAAGCACAGCGAAUUCUCCCAGCCCGUGUGUGUGCUGUUAAACCACAAAGCACAGUGGAAGUUCCCACUUCUGGUUGUGAUCCCUCUGGUUGUCCUCCCCAUCUUUGUGGCCAGUCCCUUCAUCUGCUGCCUGGUGAAACACGAGGCCAAGCAAAGGAAGAUGCCUCAGGUUUUGGAUUUCUCUCAAUUUGAAGCUGCUGGACCAAGGUCCCACUUGGAGCUCGGUGAAAAGGAAUUCUGCAGUGAUGAUCUGAACUGCUCAGAGAAGCCAGUGCCCCAAAGGAGGACAGACAGGGCUUUAGGAGGACACCACCUGCCAUGGAUGGCUUCUUUCCUGUCAUCAUCAUCGUCAUCGUCGUCAUCAUCAUGGUCAGAGGAUGAGGAGGAGGAGGAGGACAGCAGCACUUUGAUCCCAUACGGAAUGCCUCGGUAUCCAAAGAGACCUCUCAGCUCUCAGCCCUCCCCAGCAGCUCCGGGGGAAAGCAGCUUGGAUUCAGGAGCUGGAGCUCCCUCUGUGGCCAGGGCAUCUGUGCUCGACCUCAGAGCCCUGGGUUUCACUCUCUUUGCAGAGAGGAAGGCUGAGGUGGACACCUCGGGGUCCCAGGCAAACGAGGAGCCAUCCCUCUACCUCUGCUCCUCUUUGGAAAGAAUAUCCCUCACUGAUGUGAGAUUCCCAGGGGCCAGAGAGCAGGGGCAGGAUGAUGGAAACAGGGAUGAGAGCCUGGGAAUGACCCCUCUUCCCCCCAUGCUGGGGGGGAUUGGUGCUGAACCCCACGAGCACAGGGAGGCUCCUCAUUGCUCCAGGGAUUACCAGAAAUCCAUCCUGGACCUGCAGCUCCAGGUGGACUCGAGGUGCCAGGGCAGAGAGGAGGCCAGCAGGCAGCUGCUCAUCCCCUUGUGGACACUGCAGGUGGCAGAGGAUGAAGGCAUCGCCAGUGACUGUGGCAGUGACAGCUUUACAGAAGGGACCCCACCCGAGUCCACAGUGCUGAGUGACACUUUUGGGACUUCAAAAACAGAGGGAAAAUGUGAUCCAAGGCUGCAGUUCCCAGGCUACGAGCACUCACAUUACUUGGGAAGGAUCUGAAGUGCCCAGCAGGCCUGGGGAGUGCUGGAAAUCCUGGAGAGCUCCAGAUAUCCAAGCAAGGAUCCUUGAACAAGGACAAAAAACUGAUGUCUGGCCUAUCACAGCAAUGGCUUUAGGGACACAAAAGUGCUUUUAUUGCUCAGUCACCUCUGUACUGCCACUGUCCCUCUGACAAGGUGCCAGGCUCUGGCACAGCCUGAGCCAGCCAGGGGUGGGGAGGCAGGGACAUCUCUGAGGGACAGCCAGCAAACAGGUGAGCCUGGGGCUCACUGAACUGCAGAACAGGGGCCUGAAAUUCAGUGGUGUGCCUGCACCUGGAUUUGGAGCAGAUUUUCAACUGCUUGGUGUCAUCUUCGCUUCCCUCUAAGUCCAGAGCUUGACUGGAAGUUCCUUACAGAGAUAUUCAGCAAGAUCUGGUUUUUGUGGCAUGAAAAGUUCUCCACCUCAUGCUGCAGAAAUCACCUUCUGGGCUCCAACAGGGGGAACUGAAGCCAAAGUGUGCAGCAUGUUUGUUUAUUUAUUUUUUAUUUUAUAUUUAUUGAAGCUGAAAUUCCUCCUGCUGUGCAGAAUGUCUGAGAGCAAUA